AUGUCACGUCGUCAUCGAUUAACUUCUUAUAUUGAAGUACUUGAUCUAAAGGCAAAUGAUUUUAACAAAUAUGCAAUAUGUUUAGCCUGUCUUGAAAUAAAAGGUCGUCCUUAUGCUCUUGAAAAGCAAUUCACUAAUACUAAAAAAUGUUGUAAAGAUCAUUUUAAAAAAUGUGAAUUUUUUCAACAAAAAUAUGGAGUAAACGAAGCACAAGCUAUCAUAUAUGAUACAGACAGUGAAGCAACUAUGCAAAAGCGUCAAGGAAAAAGAUUCCGUAUACAAAAAGAUGAUAAUAAUAGAUCAUCAAAUUACACAUCAAGUUCAGUAUCUGUUAAUACGCAAGGACCAUUAGAUAAUUUUGCUCAUCGUCAAUUUACUGGAUGUAAUCUUGACAAAUUUAAUUACUUGUUAUUAAAAGCAACAAUUUCAAAUGGAUGGAGUUUUCGUUGGGUUCAAAAUCCAGAUACUAUUGCAUUAUUUGAAUUUAUUAAUCCUUCAUGUAAGCUUCCUGGACGACGUAAAUUAGGUGGUAAAAUUUUGACCUAUGUUUCAAAUCAAAUGGUUGCGAAUAUUAAUGAAAAGGCCCAAAAAGAUUUUUAUGGUGUUACUCUUACUAUGGAUGGUUGGACAAAUAUAAUUAAUCAAUCAAUUAUAGGAAGUGUUUUACUUACAAGUUCUGGUGAAGUUUUGGUAUGGCAAGCGAUUGAUAUUAGUGGUGAAAGAGCACGUAUAGAGGAAGUAAAAAAUAAAAUUAAUGAAAUUACAAAAAGUGUAACAAAUGAAGGAAUAAAAGUAGCAGCAAUUGUAACUGAUAGUCAUUCAUCAUAUGCUGCAGCAAGAAAACAGCUUCAAGUUGAAAACCCACAAAUUACAUAUUUACCAUGUUUCGCACAUCAAACCAAUUUAUGUAUUGGUGAGAUUUUUAAAGAAUCAAAUAUAUUUAAAAUUACCGCAUUAGAAGCUACACGUAUUGCAGUAUAUUUUAAAAACAAACAACAUGCUUAUUUUGCUGGAAAACUUCGUGAUAUUCAAAUGCAAACAUAUAAUAAACUACAGGCUUUAAUUGUUCCCGGUGAUACACGUUGGAAUAGUUACUAUUACUGUUUUGGUAGUUUUUUGCGAACUAAAGAAGCUUUAAAGACACUUAUAGCACGAUAUGAACCUCAAACUAAUGAAGAAAUUGAAAUUGAAAAUAACUUGGUAUUACCUGAUUAUAUUUGCGAUCCAAUUAAUAAUUUUGAAUUUUGGCGAAAUAUAGUAGCUAUUAAGCGACUUCUUUUACCAUAUUGUGGUUGUUUAAAUAUUUUACAAAGAGAUAAAGCACGUCUUUAUGAUGUACUUCAUUCUUUUGGUUAUUUUUAUCAAUUCUUAUCUGAACAUUCAGAUUUGCAAUUUAGUACACGAUUAUGUAAUCGUUUAGAAAAGCGAUGGCAACAAUGGGAACAACCAAUAAUUAUUUUAUCUUGGGUUCUUCACCCUAAAUAUCGUUUUGACAAGUUUAAUGAUCAUUUACCAUAUUUAAAUUGGGUUGAUCUAAGUGAAUAUUUGCAAUACUAUUAUAUUACUUGGACUGGAGUUGCACCAAAAAAUAUUUUACGAGAAUUUGAUAACUAUCGAACUAAAAAAUUUCCAUUUAAUGAUGAAUCAUUUGAGCAGUUUGAACAAGAUGUAUUUGGCUAUUGGAAUUGGUGCUCAGAAAGUAUAAAAGAAUUAGGGUUUGUAGCAAGUCGAAUAAUGAGUAUUUGUAUAAAUGCUGCAUCGGUUGAAAGGUUAUGGUCUUCAAUGGGUUAUUUACAUUCUGCUUCAAGAAACCGAUUAAAAUCUAAUUUAUUAUUAGCAUACGAAGAUUUUGCGGAUCCAACUAAAAAUAAUUUAGAAAAAGUGUUAAGUUUAUGGGAAUCUAUGCUUGAGGAUGAAAAAUUGUAUGAUUGGAAUGAAGAGAUAACUGACUCAUUACUUAAUGCUAAAUUAUCAUCUGAUAUUCUUUUAGAUCGUGAACACCCUCAAAGAGAUAAACGUGCAAAAUGGAUUCUUG